GAUUUGUGCGGCCAGCUGCCUCUCUUUGAUCGGGGCCACGGCUUCGUGGGCGCGGCUGGCUCAGGGAUUUGCCUACACGUGGACCAGGCGUGGUGGAGCAACAUUGCGAAGAACUUCCUGGGACAUAAGUUGGUGGCUGUUUGGGGUCAAGAUUCGGAUGUUCUCGCGACUUGCGGCGGGGAAAUUUUCCGAACGCCCCUGAGUGCAGCUCAAACAGUCGCCCUGGGCUCUGCCAAGAGCGUCGCGCUGCUGGGCCCGAAGGACGUGGCAAGCUUUUCUGGAGGUGUGCCGCAUGUGACGCUGGUGGUUGGCAAGGAUCUGAACCUGACAUUCUAUGAGAGCUUCUUAAAUUGGCAUUGCGAUAAUUUAGAGCUGCUCCUGAAGGGAGCUGCUCGUCCUCGGAAUCUUCCAUGGUGGAGGAACAACAUGAGCGCCGACCACUUGAACACAGUGAUGGAGGAUAUCGCGCAUGUGGCUUCCAGAGAACGUUCCAGCGGGCGCGAUCAAGAAGCCUUUUGGCGCUUGCUUUGCGCCAG